UUCCGUUCAGUAGAUCGUUGAACAUAACACGGAAUCGUGUAUGUGCUUCCGCAUCCAUUAAAUUAGAGGAUGGAUUUGUAAACUGAUUCUUUAUAAUAGGUUAUAAUCAGUGGUCAGUUGAAAAUAACAGGAAUUGUUGGUGUGACAGAUUAGGUGAAAAAGCCCCCUUGUGUGGGUUAAUUCGGGGAAUUCCCAACAUUCAGUUCAACAAAGCAAUAAAAAAGAUAGUGUUGACUCGUGCAUUAGAUCGCGACGAAACGGUAGCGCAGUUUUUAGUGUUGAGUGAAAUACCUCGACGUAAGGUCGGUGGUUCAGAAUGAAGUUCAAAAGUUUGGCCCAUAUGUGGUCCUCACCGGUGGCUGUGAUUUACCUGGCUUUCAUAGCAGCUUGCAACUGUGAAGGAUUUUAUUCCAUCGUUGCGUCCAACCUGCUGCGGCCAAAUUCGGAAUACCAUGUGUCCGUUAGUAAUUUCAACAUACAAACGGCGAUUAAAUUUCGCAUUACAGUGAACAACACCGAUACCGGAGUACCCGUUGCCACCGAGGAUGUCACCCUCGGAAGCGGAGAAUCCCGUCUGAUUCCGUUGAGUAUUGGUGAUGUUGCACAAGGCGACUAUAGCUUGGUGGCCGAAGGGUUAUCAGGGUUUAUAUUCACAAAUGAGACUAGUCUUCGUUUUCAGCCGAAGAGUUUUUCGGUUUUUGUACAAACUGAUAAGGCUGUCUACAAGCCGGGAGAUACGGUAAGGUUUCGGGUGCUGGUUUUAGACCCCAACACGAAACCACUGCAAAAAGUGGAUACCGUCAAGGUACAUAUAACGGACGGGAAGAGCAAUCGGAUCAAACAAUGGAAUGAUGCAAAACUGGUGAAAGGUGUUUUCGAAGCAGAGUUGCCUCUGUCGACUGCUCCCGUGCUGGGUCGGUGGUUGAUCAACGUUGAAGUUUUGGGAACGACAAAAGCUCAAGAAUUCGAAGUUGAUGAGUAUGUUUUGCCGAAGUUUGAGGUUAGUGUGGAAUCACCGGGCAUAACUACUUUCAAGGAUGGCAAAGUUAAAGCUAUCGUUCGUGCGAAGUACACGUACGGGAAGCCAGUGAAAGGAGAAGCAACUGUAUCGGCGUAUCCGGAUUUCGGUUUCCAUUACGUUCAACCAUUUGAACGGGAUGUGAUUACUCGAAAAACUGUUCCAGUCGAUGGAAAAGGUUCGGUUGAAUUCGAUUUGCGCGACGAAAUUAAACUAGAAGGAGAAUAUACCCGGAAGAUCGUUAUCGAAGCGAUUGUUGAGGAGGAGUUAACCGGUCGUAAGCAGAACUCGAGUUCAAAGGUUACAAUUUACGACAGGAGAAUCAAGAUGGAAUUGAUAACAAGCGGAAAUAAGUUUAAGCCAGGAUUGCCUUACACUGCAUGGCUUAAGGCGAGCUUCCAGGACUGUGUACCGGUGCAGGAUAGUGUCAACAAAGUCGAAGUCAGGCAAAUGCAUGGAUGGCCAUCACAAAAUGUUUCGAAACAUAGCUAUUCGUUAGACCAGAAUGGAAUGGCCAAGCUAAUAGUGAACACCGAUAUUGAAGCUGAUUAUUCGGAAUUUCAAGCUGAGUACUUAGGAAGCAUUUAUCAUUUGGGAGGAAUCUCUAAGGGUUGGAUUAAAACUUCAGCCUAUAUGCGGGCUAAGGUUUUAACCGAAGUUCCAACAAUAAAUAAAGACGUGAUGGUUGAUGUUUCUGCUACCGUACCAAUGAAGUAUUUCAACUAUCAAGUUCUUGGACGCGGAGAUAUCAUUAUUGGCGGAACAAUAAAUGUUCCCGAGUUAAGGUCCCACACCUUCCGGUUUCCGGCCAGCUUCGCCAUGGUUCCGAGAGCACGUUUGGUAGUUUAUUUCAUACAGGACGACGGUGAACUGGUGAGCGAUGCAGUGGACAUCGAAUUUGGAAAUGAUCUGCAGAAUUUCCUCAAAGUGUCGCUAUCGCAAAGCGAGUCCAAGCCUGGUGAGCAGGUAAACAUCACGAUUUCCACCAAUCCGGAUUCGUAUGUAGGUUUGCUUGGAGUGGACCAGAGCGUGUUGCUGCUGAAGAGCGGCAAUGACAUUACCAAGGACAAGGUGUUUGAUGAGCUAAAAAUGUACGAGCAGGCUUCCUAUAGUUAUUACCGCAGGAAACGUUUUGCACCGUGGAGAUAUUAUUUGAACUACGAUGAUUUUAAUGAUGUAGGAGCUGUCAUAUUGACUAACGCCAACGAACCACCACCGAACGAUACCGUCUCCAGACCUGUCCCGAUUACCUAUAAGGUACACCGAGCCCCCAACGGAACGGCUCUGUACACGGUGAUCGAGAAAUCGCCCCGUGCGCUGCCGGUGCAUGUGUUCAAAACCAAUACUAGGCCGCCUCUGGCCGGACCGUACGCCUUCAGCCGUAUCCCCAAGCCUCACAGAGAUAUUCCGCGACUAUUCUUGUCGCACGAAAUAGCCGACACGUGGCUGUUCGAGAAUGCAUACUCCGGCUUUUCUGGUGAGAAAACCAUUACUAAAAAAGUACCGGACACCAUUACGUCGUGGAUUAUCACCGGAUUCUCAGUGAACCCAGUCCACGGACUUGGAUUGACCCAGACACCUAGAAAGCUUAACGUGUUUCUACCAUUCUUCGUUUCAACCAAUUUGCCGUAUUCCGUAAAACGUGGUGAAAUUGUAUCUAUUCCGAUAGUAAUCUUCAAUUACAUGGAAACGGAUCAGAAUGCUGAGGUGACUUUCCACAACAGUGAACAGGAAUUCGAGUUUGCCGAUGUCGAAAAUGAAAUACACGAAAAUCCCAAGCUAGAACUAUUCCGCAAAAAGAGCAUCGAAGUUCCGGCAAACAGCGGUAAGACGGUUUCGUUCAUGGUCAAACCGACCAAGUUGGGACACAUCACCAUUAAGGUUACGGCUACUACGAAACUGGCGGGCGAUGGAGUCGAACGACAACUGCUCGUGGAACCAGAAGGACUCCCACAGUACGUUAACAAGGCGGCUUUCGUAGAUCUGCGCAGCACACCGGAGGUAAUGCAAAACUUCACCGUUGAGGUGCCCAAAAAUGCGGUUCCCGAUUCGACUCGAGUUGAAGUCUCCGUUAUUGGUGACGUGCUGGGCUCUACCAUUCAGAAUUUGGAUUCGCUCAUCAGGAUGCCGUUCGGUUGCGGAGAGCAGAAUAUGUUGAAUUUUGUUCCGAAUAUUGUUGUGCUAGACUAUCUCAAGAACACUAAUCGGUUGACAUCGAAAAUCGAGACAAAGGCUAAGCGGUUUAUGGAAUCCGGUUACCAGCGUGAGUUGACUUACAAACACGAUGACGGAUCGUUCAGUGCCUUUGGAAACUCGGAUAAGAGCGGCAGCACAUGGUUGACUGCAUUUGUGGCGCGGUCGUUCAAGCAGGCUGCAAAUCACAUCAGCGUGGACGAGAAAGUGAUCGAUCGCGCCUUAGAGUGGUUAAGUGAUAAACAGGCUCCUAACGGAAGCUUCCCGGAAGUCGGACAUGUCUCCCAUAAAGAUAUGCAGGGUGGCUCUGGACAGGGAAUUGCCUUGACCGCGUAUACGCUAAUAGCGUUUUUGGAGAACGCAAACUUGAUUCCAAAAUAUAAGAAUACCAUUAAUAAGGCUUUGGACUAUAUCGUACGAAACACAGAAGGUCUGGACGAGAACUAUUCGCUGGCCCUUGCGGCCUAUGCGCUACAGUUAGCUGAUCACAGCGCCAAAGAUUUUACUUUGUCGAAGCUGGAUACUAAGGCGACAACCGACGGUGACACGAAGUGGUGGCAUAAACCAAUUCCAGAAAGCGAUAGCAAAAAUCCGUGGUACAAUAAACCGAACUCCGUGAAUGUCGAGAUGUCCGCAUAUGGUAUGCUAGCGUUCCUCGAAGCUGGUCUGGAUUCCGAUGCUUUACCCAUAAUGAAAUGGUUGAUCGCGCAGCGAAAUGAGAAAGGUGGAUUCCAGUCCACACAGGAUACGGUUGUUGGAUUGCAAGCACUGGCCAAAUUAGCGGCAAAGAUCUCCUCUGCUAACAACGACGUUACAAUCGUGGCUACCUUCAACGAAAACCAGCAGCGGGAGAUGCAGGUUAAUGCCGGGAAUGGUAUGAUUCUGCAAAAGUUUGAGCUACCGUCCAACGCUAGGAAAAUCGAUAUCAAAGCCACCGGACGUGGAUUUGCAAUUGUCUCUUUGUCAUACAAAUACAACAUGAACGUUACCGGCGAGUGGCCUCGGUUUGUACUGGAUCCUCAAGUUAACAAAAAUUCCAACCCAGAUUAUCUGCACUUGUCGGUGUGUACCAGCUUUGUGCCAACGGUAGGCCAGAACAGUUCAAACAUGGCUGUAAUGGAGGUUGCAUUCCCCAGUGGGUUUACCGCCGAUACGGAUACAUUGCCAUCCCUUGAAAAUAUGGACUAUAUUAAGAAAGUCGAACUGAAGGAUGGCGAUACUGUUGUAGUUUUGUACUUCGACAGUUUGGACCGUAAGGAACUGUGUCCGACUGUUUCCGCGUUCCGUACGCAUAAAGUUGCCAAACAAAAACCAGCUCCGGUUAUUAUCUACGACUAUUAUGACAACUCUCGCAUAGCUCGUCAGUUCUACGACGCCCCGAAGUCCACCAUUUGUGAUAUCUGUGAAAACGAAGACUGUGGCCAGUCUUGCUCGAUCCGUUCGCAAAAGCAACGCUCGGCAAAGGAGGAAAGCACCGGUACAGUGGUUAUGAUUAGUGGAGCGGAAAAAGUUGGUUCAACGUUUGUCACCUCUUUCGUUGUGGCAGCAUUUUUAUUUAAAGUUAUGCUGUGAAGUUGAAGGAAAAAUUCACCGGAAGAGCGACUUGCAAUAGUUUUUAUAAACCAGAAUGAAGAGUGUUGCGAUUUGUUCUUUAAACAGAAACUGAUAAAAAUAAAUAUUUUAGAAUGUACUUGAGAUCUGUU